GUUCACAAUAAUAUCUCCGUCCUUUGCGAUCCGGCGACGCAACCGGGAAUCCAAAGACGCGGAGAAAGAGGAAGAAUACAGAGCGCGAUGGGUUUGCAGGAAGAUUUUGAAGAAUAUGCUGCAAAAGCUAAAACUUUACCUGAAAAUACUACUAACGAGAACAAAUUGAUCCUCUAUGGGCUUUACAAGCAAGCAACUGUUGGACCAGUGAAUACUAGCCGACCUGGUAUAUUCAAUAUGAGGGAUAGAGCCAAGUGGGAUGCUUGGAAGGCUGUUGAAGGGAAGUCAAAGGAGGAGGCCAUGAGUGACUACAUCACCAAAGUUAAACAGCUUCUCGAAGAGGCCGCAGCUGCUGCUGCCUAAGCCACUUCGCCUGAUGCAUCAAUGAAUUGAAACAUCUUGCUCUAUGUAGUACCAUUUAAGCUGCUGCCUUCUAUUUUGAACUUGAAUCGUCCACUGGAUGUGUUUGUUAUUGAUUGCAUCUCCUUUGUGUCUUAACAAUUGACACUAUCUGAUAUCUAAUGCAGUAUCUUAUCAUUUCAUUA